AUGGCGAAAUCGAAUUCGAGGUGGAAUAUCCGGCGGGCGGCGAUACUGGCAACGGCGUUGGCCAGCGGAGUCUUGGGCGAUGAUGUAUUGGUAACGAGCGGAUUCACUAACUGCGAGGAUGGCAGCACUAUUGAGGUCCAGAAGGCGGAUAUAUCUUACAACAAUGCCGACAAGACCGUGGUUUUCGAUGUGGCGGGUACGAGCAACAAGCAACAGAAUGUAACAGCUACGCUCUCCGUGACAGCGUACGGUCAAGAUGUCUACACGAGUAGCUUCAACCCAUGUGAGGAGGGGACAUACGUCCAGCAAUUAUGUCCUGUUCCGGCAGGGUCAUUCGGGGCCAAGGGGUCUCAGGCGAUACCUUCGCAGUAUGCUAACUCCAUUCCUGCCAUUGCUUUCCAGAUACCCGACAUAUCGGCACAAGCAACUCUACAGCUUAAGUCUCUGGACGACGGUCAAGACAUAGGUUGUAUUCAGUCACAAGUCACGAACGGAAAGACCGCCACCGUAGCCGCGGUCUCGUAUGUCGCUGCCGGUGUAGCGGGAGCAGCCUUAUUGGUCGGUAGCGCUGGAGCAAUCGGUGCAGCUUUCUCGGGUAGCGGUGCGGCCGGUGGUGCAGCCGGCGCGAGUCCUAGUCCAAGUUUUGGGGAGAUCUUCGGCGUGUUUCAGGGGUUCGCGAUGAACGGCAUGAUGUCCGCCCAGCUACCUCAGGUCUACCGGAGUUUCACGGCCAACUUUGGCUUCUCGACAGGCCUCAUCCCGUGGGAACAGAUGCAGGUUUCUAUCGACAAUUUUCGACAGAUGACAGGUGGAAACCUGACCAACGAUGGCGUCGAUUUCCUUAAGAAAGCUACUUUGGUAUAUCCCGAUGGGUCGUCUGCCAGCUCAAAUUCCUCUUCGAUUGUCGGACGUGCCCUCGCGAACGCUUACCUUGCCGCUCGUGACAUUGAGACGUCGGUCAACGGAACUGGUGACGGAAACUCAACAUCGAGUCCCGAAGCAACGAUUCGUUCGGUUGUUAGUGGUAUUCAGGCUUACGCCGAGCGAUUGUCCGUUCCGCAGGCAAACACCUUCAUGACCGUUCUUCUCAUUGUUGCCAUCGUAAUCGGUGUCAUUGUUGUUGGUAUCUUGUUGGUGAAGGUUAUUCUUGAGACCUGGGCUCUGUUCGGUAACUUCCCCGAGUCUUUGACUGGGUUCCGCAAGCAUUAUUGGGGCUCGAUCGCCCGCGCGAUUACAUCCCUUAUUCUGCUUCUUUACAGCAUUUGGGUCUUAUACUGUGUGUUCCAAUUCACGCACGGAGACUCGUGGGCCGCUCAAGCACUAGCUGCUGUUACUCUUGCGAUCUUCACUGGCAUUUUAAUCUUCUUUUCCUGGAAGAUCUGGAGCAUGGCUCGUAAGCUUAAGAAUGUCGAAGGAGAUGCCUCGGCUCUAUAUGAAGACAAGAAGAUCUGGGUAAAGUAUUCGCUCUUCUAUGAAUCCUACAAGAAGGAUUAUUGGUGGGUCUUCGUACCGGUCAUCGUCUACAUGUUCGCCAAGGGUUGUGUCCUUGCGGCUACCAAUGGCCAUGGUAUGUCACAGGCAAUUGCCCUUUUAAUCGUCGAAGGGUUGAUGUUGGGCGUUUUAGCCUGGAGCAGGCCAUUCGAGCGGAAGUCAGGAAAUGUUGUGAACAUCGCCAUCCAGGUUGUACGCGUUCUCUCUGUAGUAUGUAUCCUCAUCUUUGUUGAGGAAUUCGGCAUUGCCGAGACUACGCAGACCGUUGCCGGUGUCGUCUUGAUCGCUAUACAGUCAGCGCUCGCUGGAAUUCUCGCUAUCCUGAUCGCGUAUAACGCAAUCAUAGCUUGCUUCAAGCAGAACCCCCACCGCAAGCGUAGAAAGGAGAUGGAAAAGUUACAGCGUGAUAUGGACACGUUGACACCUCUGGAUGCGCGAAACUCGCUACUCCUAGAGCGUGCCAAGACCGGCGACACGAAGAUCACCAUCGCUUACGGCAAUGCCCCUUCGGAUUAUAAACUACCCGCCAAAGCUCGCGAUUCCUCUGAACAGUACAUUAGUCUUUCUGUCGAGCCGACCGAUGCUUACUCGCCGCUAAAUGCUCCAUACAGCAGACCACUGACGCCUGGCACACCGGUGGGGGCAAUGAAUGCUAGCCGCGAGAACCUUGUUCAUGGCGCUGCUCCUGUCGGGCAACAACCUACGAUUCCCAAUGUAGGAGGCGGAUACUCGACCUAUAACUCAGCGCAACAGAACGGAUAUGCUGGAUAUCGUCAACCCGGGUACUAA